AUGAAGAAGCAAAACGUCCGGACCCUGUCGCUCAUCCUCUGCAUGUUCUCCUACUUGCUGGUCGGCGCCGCGGUGUUUGACGCGCUGGAGUCGGAGACGGAGAGCUCCCGCAGGCGCAUCCUGGAGCAGAAGCGCAACGAGAUGAAGAAGAAGUACCGCUUCUCCGAGCACGACUACCGGGAGAUCGAGCGUGUGGUGCUGCAAGCUGAGCCCCAUCGUGCGGGGAGACAAUGGAAAUUCGCUGGCUCUUUCUACUUUGCCAUAACAGUCAUCACCACCAUUGGUUACGGUCAUGCGGCGCCAGGCACAGAUGCAGGAAAGGUCUUCUGCAUGUUCUACGCCGUACUGGGGAUCCCUCUGACUUUGGUCAUGUUCCAGAGCCUGGGAGAAAGGAUGAACACAUUUGUCCGCUAUCUCCUACAUAAGGUGAAGCAGUGCCUGGGCUGUCGCCGCACCGAGGUGUCCAUGGAGAACAUGGUCCUGGUGGGCUUCCUGUCCUGCAUUGGGACACUGUGUGUUGGGGCCGCAGCCUUCUCCCACUUUGAGGGAUGGAGCUUCUUCCAUGCGUACUACUACUGCUUCAUCACACUUACCACUAUUGGCUUCGGGGACUUCGUGGCCCUGCAGAAACAGGAGGACCUCCAGGAGAAAACGCCCUACGUGGCGUUCAGCUUCAUGUACAUCCUGGUGGGGCUAACUGUCAUCGGGGCCUUCCUGAACCUGGUGGUGCUUCGCUUCCUCACCAUGAACACUGAGGAUGAGCGGAGGGACGCUCAGGAGAGGGCGUCACUGAAGAGGGACAGGGGCCUUUUGGACGGGGCUCUGGGUCACCAUGCGUCAGGGGAGCAGAGCAGAGGAAGCCACCGAGAGAAGAACAGGAGCAACGCGGUGCAAAGCCGCAGCCACAGCACGCUCUUCCUCCCGAUGGAGGAAGGGACCAGCUGCACCAACCUCAUCGCUACCCCAGCGAAGGAUCAGGAGAGGCGAAGAAGCCCCUGCAGACACAGGCUGCAAUUUCACAUCAAGGCAAGCCGACGGCGGCCGGAGUCCAGCUUCAGCUCCCUCUGCUCCUGCGUGUGCUACCGUUUGGGGAUUUGUGAUAGUCCUCUGAUGUCCCACGGCGAGCACCGCGGCUGCCAUAUCAAUUCAGUUUACUACAACUCCGUCUCCUAUAAGAUCCAGGCCUGCCCGCCGGGCUCCAGGGACAACACUGGACUCUCCUCCCCAGGAAGCACGCUUUCACCGGGGCAUAGCUUCCGGGAGUUCCCUCGCUCACGGAGAAAGUCGGUGUAA